AUGGGUUUAGACACGGCGAAAAAGGAAAUAAAAGAUUCGUUAAAGCUUUGCAAUUUCUUUAUGAAACUUAUUGGUUUUACGUUACACAAACCGACGAAUUUAUCUGAAAUUAUUAUUCAGAAGAUAACAUUUACAGUAACUGUUAUAUACGUCCCUAUUCAUGUUUUUACUGAAUUAUCAUUCCUUUAUGUCACAUCAACAAAUUCGCCGCGGGUCGAAGAUGUGGUGCCUUUGAUACACACGGCUGGAUACGGAUUAUUGAGUAUAACAAAGUUCGCUGUGCUCUGUUUUAAAAGAAAAGUAUUUGCACAACUACUGGAUGACCUGGCGACAAUAUGGCCAGUGCCACCACUUGCGAAGGAAGCUCAGGCUUUGAAGAGUAACAGCCUUAAGUCCCUCCGGAUUAUGCAUAGCUGGUAUUUUGGAUUGAAUGAAUCGGGUGUAAGUUUUUAUAACAUUACCCCUUUAUGUUUAUACUUAUUCUAUCAUAUCCGGGGACAAGUUUAUGAGAUCAAAACAGUUUGGAAAUCAUGGUAUCCCUUCAAUAUUUAUAAACAGAAAUGGAAACAUGUUUCGAUAUACCUAUUCGAAAUUUUCUCAGGACAAUCCUGCGUAUGGGUUAUGAUAAGUACCGACCUUUUGUUUACUGGAAUGUCUAACCACAUCAUUCUACUAUUGAAAAUUUUACAACAACAUCUAUUAAGUCUAGGCAACAGUAAUAGCACCGACCAAGAAAAUUACCGUGAAGUAGUUGGAUGUAUACAAUUACACCAGAAGCUUAUUCAAUACUACAAAGAUUUAGAGAGUGCCUUUACUCUUGUCAACCUCAUCAACAUUUGUUUAAGCUCUUGUAACAUCUGCUGUGUCCUUUUUACCAUAAUCUUGAUAGAACCAAUGUUAGAAUUGAGCAACAAGCUAUUUUUAGGCGCAUCACUAAUUCAAAUUGGUUUAAUGUGUUGGUAUGGAGAUGAUAUAAUACAAGAGAAUGCGAAAAUAGCAGAUGCAGCUUACAACAGUAAUUGGUACACGCUAAGUCCCCGAUGUAGACGAAUUUUAGCAAUUCUAAUACAAAGAGCUCAACAGCCCAUUGCGUUUACCGCUAUGGGUUUCACCAAUAUAUCACUCAUUACAUAUUCUGCGAUUCUUACAAAAUCGUAUUCGUACUUCACGCUGCUUUACACAAUGUAUAACCAAGAUUAA